GGAGCUGUCAUGCGGCAGAUUAUCUUGAUCCAACCCCUGCUAAAUCUGAGACCAUACUCUUAGGCGCUCUCCUGCGACAGUCAAGACAUCCCUAUGACCGCAUUCGUCGUGUUUUGGGAGCUCGUACUACAAGCUCGACUACAAGCUGCAUAUGCUUGUGCGCCGAAACUCAAAUGGAACUACCCAAGAGUACUGAUCAAAUCUGAGCACCAGACUCACUUCUAUUUCUUUACUUUUCUUUGUUCUUUUUUUUUUUUCAGAUCUACACGCAACUUAACCUCUAUCGUCCAAGACCGAAGUUCCAAGGCCUUGAUGCGGAGCUUAAUCUCGAAUAUAGUGCAGGAUAAACUAUUGUGGGACCGACAAAAAGCUCUUUUGAAAGUAACUACUCCCCGAUACCACAAGCACAAAAUCUUACUCAGAGUACAACCGGCAUAUUACUUGUGGAGAAGGAAGGGCUUUCAGGAAAUUACCUCUCUUCUAGGCUCCUUCGCUUAUGAGCCUCCAGCCCCUCCGGUGGGUUUACUCCGUAAUGAUGCCCCAUUUCCGGAACGAGUGGAGUCUUGUAGAUCUAGCAAGCAAAGACCAACUCAGAGUACUCUGGAAAACAGAAAGAGUCUGCACAAUAUGGUGUCCCCACUGCUGGGGGUAUCAAGGCUUCGGAGUAGUACUGAUAUGAUGGCGUCGUUUGGAAAACCAGUGUCGAAUACCCGGCUGCCUCCUCGUUCGCUGGAAAAGGUGGUUAUUGCCUGUCGUUCUAGUCUUUGAUGGUCAAUCCAUACUAGCUCCAUGAUCUUCUAAGAACUCUGGAUCUUGACCAAUAGGGCAUGUCAUUCAGAUUCGCACGUGUCUCUGCAAACAUACUCUGGACAUUUGCGAGCAACCUAAACUAGUAAUUUAGCCGUCAAGG